AGAAUACUCGUUGUACAGUAGUUUCACUUUGUGUACAAGAACAUGAGGACGUCUUAUUCCUUUUUCGCUUCGUCGCUUACUCGUUUUUCCAUCCUUGUUUUGUUCGGCUCCCAUUUGUCGUUGGGCGUCGACGCGUCAUCGCGGCUGCAAAAGAAAAGAGAAGUCCUGUGUGCGGAUGGACUGUACCAACAUGACUCAAUAACCUGUUGCCUGUGUGCCAUUGGUCAGCGUCUGAAGAAGCACUGCACUGCUGCCAGUCCACAAGAUACGCAAUGUGAGCUGUGUGAGCCAGGCUUGUACAACAGCCACCCAAACCAGGACAGCAACUGCAAGCGCUGCACCUCCUGCUCACAUCAAAAUGCCAAUCUGGAGGUGGAGUCGGCCUGUACCCGAGCACGCGACACCAAGUGCCGGUGCAAAGCGCACCACUAUUGCAUUAGCGCCAAUGAUCAAGACUGUAAACUCUGCAGUUCUUGUACAGAGUGCGGCCUGGAAGGCGUCAAAGUAGCCUGCACAGCCACCAAUGACACUGUAUGCAAUGACAAAUUAAAAGUGAGAAGUCAUGUCUGGAUAGCAGUCGCUGUAGCUUGUGCAGCUGUCACAAUAAUUGUGAUUGGUGUGUGCUUUCGAAGGAACCGCAAACAGCGAAGGAACAACCAACAGAGCUCGAACAAUCCAGCGACGGUGCGGUUGGAGAUGGAGCCAAUUAACAUACCGUAUACAGACCCUUCGCGGCACCUGCCCGCGAUCGCAAAAGACCUCGGGUGGAAAACUAUGGUCGAAGUGGCAAUGCGGAGCGGGAUGAACCCGGUCAGAAUUGACGGCUGCAAAAUCGACAACCCGCAUGACAGUGAGGAGCGCACGCUGCAGCUACUGAGGAUGUGGACACAGGAGCAAGGCAUGGACGCCAUGAAAAACUUGAUCCAAAUCCUGCACGACAUCAAGCAGAAAGGCAAAGCGCAAAAGGUGAAGACAACUUGCUGCUCUUUACAAGGAGGUGAACAGCAAAGUUUACAACAACAGUUGAACCCAUAAAAAUGUCAAUAUUUUUAGGCUUUUCUGUGACUCUUCCAGUCUCUCUAGAUCUGUUGCAACCUGCUUAGUGGUGUCACACUGUGCAUAUAAAGUUCAUCCGAAAAUGUCACCCAAAAAACGAAAAUCCUCUUUGUGAAUACUGUCAAAGGAUGAUUUAAGCCUCGUCUGUUUUGGAGACCUGUGGCUGUGUUUGUAUGUGGUGCAAAAGAAUAUAGACUGAGAAAAUAUAUUUUAAUCUUGGUUUUAAAAAUUGUUCUGUAUUUAAACAUAUUCAAACAACAAAUGAGAAUGAAUUUACUUUACCAUAAAGACUAGAAUGUAUGCACAAAGAAUAGUUUGGAGCGAAAAAAAAACAUCCUGUAUUAUUUUCUGUGUAUUGUAGUAAAAAUGCUGUUUAAAAUGUUGAUGUAAAAUUAAACAGUAGAUGCAAACUUG